AUGACCGAAUAUGAUAAAACAACAACAACAGCAACAACAACAACAACAACAACAGCAACAACAACAACAACAACAAUAGCAACGCCAGCAACAGCAACAGCACAAACAUUAUCACAUCUUCUCAAUAUUCAUGUUCAUUUGGAUGAAAAUAAAACACCGUUAAAAGUGAUCCUAAAUGAAACAAAAUUAGCAAAUUGUUUUCCAAUCAAUCAAAAAUAUCAUUCUGAUAACACUAAAAAAGUAACAAAGAUAUGUAUUACAUCACUCGCAGAUGCAACAAAAACGGAUACAAUUGAUACAGCACUUUUACAUCGACGUCAUUCAACACCAAUCUUAUUACAACGCGAAAAAUGGUCCAAUAAAGUGGAAUUUUUACUUGCAGUAAUCGGUUAUGCAGUUGAUCUUGGUAAUAUAUGGCGAUUUCCAUCGACGUGCUACAAAUUUGGUGGAGGCGCAUUUUUAAUACCAUAUUUAAUAAUGCUUUUUAUUGGUGGCUUACCAGUAUUUUACAUGGAAUUAGUCCUCGGACAAUUUCAUCGUUCUGGUUGUAUAAGUAUUUGGAAAAAAAUUUGUCCAAUGUUUAAAGGUAUCGGUUAUGCUAUAUGCUUUAUAUGUACAUUUAUCGCUUGUUUCUAUAAUACUAUUAUUGCGCAUGCUGUAUAUUACUUAUAUAGUUCAUUACAGUCAGAAGUACCAUGGAAAACCUGUAAUAAUCCGUGGAAUACACCGUUAUGUGUAAUUAAUCCAAAUGAUUUUAAUGGUACCAUUGCAACCAAUCAAAAUGACAGUUUAAGAAUUAAAAUAAGAACACCAUCUGAGGAAUUCUUCCGAUUUAAUGUAUUGGAAGAGAAUUAUUCCCGCGGUUUCCAUGAUCUCGGUGCUAUUAAGCCAUCAUUGGCUUUAUGCCUCACUAUUGUUUUUAUUCUUGUCUAUUUUGCACUCUGGAAAGGACCACGAAGUAGCGGGAAAUAUGUAUGGAUAACAGCUACUGCUCCAUACAUUAUCCUAUCAGUUCUAUUCAUACGUGGAAUUACUUUACCUGGUGCAUCAAUUGGGAUUUAUUAUUAUUUGGUGCCAAAUUUUAAUAUGCUUCUUGAUAUUGAUGUUUGGACAGCAGCUGCAACACAAAUUUUCUUUUCACUUGGUCCUGGAUUUGGUGUAUUACUUGCAUUAAGUAGUUAUAAUGAUUUCCGAAAUAACUGUUAUCGAGAUGCGCUGGUAACAUCAUUUAUUAAUUGUGGUACAUCAUUCUUUGCUGGUUUUGUAAUAUUUGCAACUCUUGGCUAUAUGUCAACAAUAACAAAUUUACCAAUUGAUGAAAUUGUAAGUGAUGAUGAUGCAAAUAUGAUAUUUAUCGUUUAUCCACAAGCAAUUGCAACAAUGUCGUAUGCAAAUUGUUGGUCUUUUGCAUUUUUUGUUAUGUUAAUUACACUUGGAAUCGAUAGUACAUUCAGUGGAAUUGAAGCAUUGAUUACCGGAUUUUGUGAUGAAUAUCCGGAAGUGUUAGCACGAAGACGUGAAAUAUUCGUAGGUGUCGUAAUUGUUGCCUAUUAUUUUGGUAGUCUUCCAACUGUUACUUAUGGUGGUAAAUAUGUCAUACCAUUUAUUGAUGAAUACGGUGUAUCAUUAUCAAUAUUAUUUAUUGUAAUGUGUGAAAUGGUUGCCGUUUGUUGGUUUUAUGGAAUACGACAAUUCAGUAAAGAUAUUCAACAAAUGCUUGGCUUUUAUCCAGGAUUAUAUUGGAGAUUUUGUUGGACAUGUUGUCCAGUUGUUAUGACUACGAUAUUCUUGUUGACCAUCUAUCGAACAUCAUUGGAACCGAUGACCAUUGGAUCGUAUACAUAUCCACAAUGGAGUGUCUAUAUUGGGUGGUUCCUACGUCUAACAUCUGUUCUUAGCAUUCCAAUUUUUGCCAUUUAUUAUUUCUGCAUUGCUAAAGGAACAUUAAAAGAACGUUGGCAAUUUUUGAUAAAACCGUAUCAAACUGAUCGUGUUGCCGGAUAUCAUCAUUAA